AUAUGGAUGCUACUUGUACCAAUUGUUUUGCGAGUAGCAGCAUGUGUCCCCUUUUGAGUACCUAAUAAUAACUCGCCCAAAACUCUAUAAAAGACACACAAGAAAUCAACGGAAACUGUCAAAACUCACUUUCUACUUUUAAACGACGACAAAAUGAAGCUUACUGCCAUCUUGACCUUGUUGAGCCUUGCUACCAUUGCUGUUAGUGCUAGCCCCAAACCUGCUACUGAGCAUCUCACCGAGCGUCAAUGUCUCCCCUCGUCGUGUGUUGCUGGAGGUUGUUGCUCAGGAGAUUGUGACUACUGGUGCAGACAAUGUGACAUCAAGUUCACCUGCUAAAUCAAACGUAUCGUGCGUUGUCGGUGUCGUCGUUGCAUAGCAAGACAGUGCCUCACUCUCACAAAGCUACUUAUCACAUUUUCUCCCAAUCUGCUUUGUUUGUAAAUGGGGGGCUUUUUAUUGUAUUCCUUUGAGCAAUAAAACCCAU